AUUGUGAAAAUAAAGAUGAAUAUUGAAGUUGAAGCAAUCUCCAAUGAGAUUAUCAAACCAUCUUAUCCAACUCCUAAGAAUCUUGAGCGUUACAAACUCUCAUUAUUAGACCAAUCAUCUCCCAAAUUCUAUAACCCUUUGGUGUUUUAUUACACAAAGAAAAAUACUACUACCAUUAUUAAUCCAGCCAUCAUUCUAAAAAGAUCCUUAUCAGCCAUCUUAACCCAUUACUACCCUUUAGCUGGAAGACUCGAAAAGCAUGGACAAUUCAUCCAUUGCAACGACGAGGGUGUUCCCUUCGUGGAAACUCAAGUGAAUGGGCGACUUUCCCAUGUUAUGUCCAAUCCAAUAGCUCAAGAACUUGACAUUUUUUGUCCUCUAAUUUCUCGUCAUGAUGAAAGUGAUGACGCUCAUCAAAUUCUAUUUGCGGCUCAACUUAACAUGUUCGAGUGUGGAGGAAUCGCGGUUGGUAUCAGCUUCUCUGAUAAGAUUGCGGACGCUUUGUCAUGGAUGAAGUUUGUCAAAACUUGGGCAUUGAUGGCUCGAGGUGGAACAACCACCAUGUUGCCAAAAUCGCUCCAUCCUGAGUUUGUCUCCUCGAUUCUAUUUCCUCCUAGACCCCAAUCCAUGAUCGAAGCAAAGACUUGUGUCAUGAAAAAAGGUAUCAUAACAAAGAUUUUUGUUUUCAAUGGUUUCGCUAUUGAGGCCUUAAGAGCAAUGUAUUCAGACAAAGAAAAUAAUAUUCGACCUUCUCGUGUUGAGACUUUAUCUACUUUCAUAAUAAGUAGGUUUGAGGCCGCAUUGUCAGCAGCAACAGCAACAGAAGUAGCGAAGCUGAAAAAAGAAAGGGUAUAUACUAUUUUGCACACUGUGAAUCUUCAUCCAAGGAUGAAUCCACCCUUGGCUGAAAACUCAUUUGGAAACUUCUUAGUAUUCGCAGGCACACAUAUUCCGGCCUCGAGUAUUAAUGGGGAAGCUUCCAUUACUAAUGGGAUUGUUAAAAAGAUAAGAGAAGCAAUUAAGAAAGUGAACAAGGAGUAUCUUGAUAAACUCCAAAAGGGAGAAGAGGAUGAACAAUUAAGCAUGAUCGAACAAAGCUCGAAAAAUAUAGAGAAGAGUGGAGGUGAGGUGAUUGAAUUUCAGGUUACAAGUUUGAGUCGAUUCCAUUUUUAUGAAAUGGAUUUUGGUUGGGGUAAGCCUGAUUGGAAUAGCACAGCUGCUUGGAAUUUCGAUAAAAUUAUUGCUUUCUUUGACACAAAUGAUGGUGAUGGAAUUGAAGCUUAUGUUAGCUUGAAAGAAGAGGACAUGGCCAAGUUUGAAGCUGAUAAACAGCUUCGUAAAUUUGUCACUCCUAAUUAUUAUUCUCGCAAUAAUAUCAACUCAAAUCUUUAAUAUUUAAUCUCGUACUAUAAUAAUAGUAUGAGAUACUAUAUAGUAUAAUAAUAAGUCCCAACUAUAGUACGUAUAUAUAUAUAUAUAUGUACUUUUAUUACAUUAUUAUUAUAAUAACUUCAUUUAUUAUCUCUUACUUUGGUAAGAAUUAAUAUGUGAUUUGUUAUUAUUAUUACAUGAUGAGUUGGUAGAUAAUCAAAAUAAAUUGUGUGGUGUUAUUUUACUUAUUUGGUUAAUUAUUAAUAAACUUAGCUCAUUUGAUUGUUUCUCUCUUGGCUUGUGGAUGCCUCUAAGGCUGAAGCUCCCUUUUUGUAAUCUUUUUAUGAUAUGUUUCAAUAGAUUUGUUCCUUUCAAAUCACUACUAAAAAAAUCUCGAAUUCCCGAUGGUUUUGUAUAGUCGGGUA